AUAUCAAACGAAUUCGUAGCUUCGCGAAACCAGGUUGAUGUCACAGUGCCACACAAAUGCCCAUCCACUGGUGCCGUGUGCCGGGGUAGAGAUUCAAUCACGAUCGUGCAUCACGGACGCCAUCGAUCCCUUCAUCCAGUGUCAAGAUUCUUGUCAGCUAAAAACCCUAGUUGUCUGUCGAUUUCAGAGAGCGGUAUAGGAUUUUGAUGAAAAUCAGAGAUGCCUCCGAAGCAGCAAUCGAAAGUCGAUUUAGCGAAGAAGCAGAAGAUCAUCGAAGACAAGACAUUCGGUCUCAAGAACAAGAACAAAUCUAAAAAUGUCCAGAAGUACGUCCAGUCACUCAAGCAAUCCGUCCAGCCCAAGACUGACCCUACCAAAGUUACCGCCAAGAAAAAGAAGGAGGAAGACAAGGCUAAAGACAAGGAGUUGAAUGACCUGUUUAAGAUUGCAGUUACUCAGCCUAAAGUGCCAGUUGGUGUUGAUCCAAAGUCCAUAUUAUGUGAGUUCUAUAAAGUGGGGCAAUGUGCUAAGGGCUUUAAGUGCAAGUUCUCACAUGACUUGAAUGUUCAGAGGAAAGGCGAGAAGAUUGAUAUUUAUAGCGACAAGCGUGAUCAAGAAGAAGACACGAUGGAGGAUUGGGAUCAAGAGACAUUGGAGAAGGUUAUUGCAUCCAAGAACGAGGAGUAUAACCAGAAUAAACCUACUGAGAUUGUAUGUAAAUACUUUUUGGAUGCAGUGGAGAAGAAGCAAUAUGGUUGGUUUUGGGUAUGUCCAAAUGGUGGUAAAGACUGUCACUACAGGCAUGCUCUUCCUCCAGGAUACGUGUUAAAGUCUCAGAUGAAGGCUCUGUUAGAGGAAGAGUCUGAAAGGAUACCUGUUGAGGAAGAAAUUGAAAAUCAGCGUGCAAAAGUAACUACAACAACUCCUAUGACCGCUGAGUUGUUCCUGCAAUGGAAGAAGAAAAAUAUGGAAGAAAGGGAGGCUAGCUUGGCAGCACAAAGGGCUGAAAGGGCUAAAAAUGAUCGUAUGAGUGGUCGUGAACUCUUCUUGUCUGAUUCUAGCUGGUUUGUGGAUGAUGUUGAGGCCUGUCAAAAUUACCAAAGGGAUGAAGAGUCAAAUGAGCAGAAGGAUGAUAAAAAUUCUGCCAAGAAUGAACCAAGUAGCUCAACAGCUGGUGAUGGUGAAGCUCCUCCCGAGGACGAUGAGGAUGACAACGAUGACGAUGAGGAUGACCUCGACAUGGAUGAAUUGAAUGAACUAGAAGCAAGGUUAUCAAAAACUUCCAUUCAGAUUAGUGAGCCAGGUGCUACUACAUAAUCUCAAAGAGCUGGAGUCUGCAGUCUGCGCAAAAUUUUUUGAGUGUCGACUCUUUGCUCUUGCUGUCUGGAUUAGCCCUCUAAUUAUGAGGGUAAUCCAUGUAAUGGUUAUAUGCUGCUUGCAGUAUCCUCAUUCUAAUAAAUAAUCUUUGUGGAGAUUGCUCUGGGCCCCUUGUUUCCAUUUUCUUAGUCCAAUUUGCCCUUGGAUUAUCGAUUUUCCCUUCACAUAGAUAUUGUAGAGGAAACUGGCGUCAUCUUGUUGAGCAUUAAGCACAUGUUUUAAAGUUGAAAAUACUCUCCUGUUCAAUAUAUGUAUCGUAAUCAGUUCUGAUAGAA